CAGAUCGCAGUAAGUUCAAAGGAAUAGAGGAAAUUCGGGAAAACCUUUCAAUGUUUCGCAAUGUUCUUUCAGUUCUAGAUGAGCUCCCAGCGCGCUUGAACGUGGCCAGUUUUCUAAAAAUAAAGAGGCAAACGAUCUGCUUUCUUUCUGGUUAGUUGGACGCUGAAUGGAGCGUUUCAUCAAAACUGAUUUCUGGCUGUAAGUGAGGAGACUGGAAGAUGUCCUAGAAUCCAGGAACAUAUGGAGGAACGACGCGAAAAGGCAAUCAGGAGCAUGUCUCGUUCGAGGACGCCAAUGAGACAUUCGUACAAUGUCCCGAAAAAACAGCAUCGAAGGCAUCGCGAAAAACUCAAAGACUGUUGCCGGAAAAUGGUGGCUUUUAUGUGCACUCAAGUAGGGGUGGGCGCACUCAUAAUCGGCUAUACUGUGAUCGGCGCCGUAGGUUUUAUGCAUAUUGAAAAAAGUGCCCGUAACUCAGAGGUGACCGAAGUGUCCAUGCUCAGAAACAAGACUUUGAAAAUGAUCUUCGCUGCAGUGAUGAAAAACAACAUCUUCGAUCGCAGGCAGUUUCACGCUGAUGUCGACCAGGUGCUGAAAAACCAUCAGCUCGAAGUCACCAAGGUGUUUAAGCAUGGAUAUGACGAACGUUCGAUGGAAGAGGUUUGGAGUUUUCCUGCAGCUCUAAUGUUUUGCCUGAGCAUCAUCACCAUGGUGGGAUACGGAAACAUGGUGCCGAAGACCAAAGAGGGCAAAAUAUUGACUAUGGUGUAUGCUCUAUUCGGAAUUCCUCUUUACAUCCUCUACUUUAUGAACAUGGGAAAAAUCCUAGCAGGUAGUUUCAAGUGGAUUUACAGAAGAAUCUAUGAAUGCUCCACUGAGAAAGACGAGGGCAGCACAAGAAAAAAGAUCAUCGUCCCAAGCACUGCCUGUCUUUGGGUUAUUUUCGCCUACAUUUUGACUGGUGCCAUCAUGCUGAGCGAAUGGGAGAAAUGGGACUUUUUGGACUCGACAUAUUUUUGCGUCACCUCAUUGGGCAAAGUGGGCUUUGGCGAUCUGGUGCCUGGAGCGGACGUAAAUGCCUCCAACCAUGGAAGCCAAACGAAGCUGGUGAUUAAUUUCGUCUACAUUCUACUGGGACUGGGUCUGGUUGCAAUGUGUUACAACCUGAUGCGGGAGGAAAUCAAAGUGAAACUGAAGGAAAUGAAUGAGGACUUCAACCAGUGUUUGGAGGACACCAAAGUGCGAUUUUUGAACUGCUGCCAAAGAUGCAGACGAAAAAAGUACCAGGAAUACUGAACUUGUUAACCCUGAAAAUCGUCUAGUUACUGUAUUUUGAUUGUUAACAAAAAAUUUUUUU